UCCUUUACAUAUAUACAGACAACUGAGAGGAACGCAGCAGUGCGUGCAAACUGUAAAUUCAUCAUGUUUCAUCUACAGAAUAUCGCUGCCUUCCUAAUACUAUCUGCCUUCAUUUGUCAGGCUCAAGCUGGUGGUCAACGGGCAUCAUCAGAUACAGCUAAAGUCAGAUUACAGCCGUGGCUGGUGGGACUGACAGCCGUUGUUGUUUUUCUCUUUAUUGUCUUCGUCAUCCUCAUCGCACAAAGACUCUUUUUCAAAAAAAAAGUCAAUGAUGAGCUAGAAGAAAUGGAUGAGAAGAAUUCAUUUUAUGACAACAAAACGGCUGAUUUGGAGGCCGAUGAGGAGACCAAGCAGACCAGUUUCUAAUGAGAAGAACAGAUGAUCACAGUCCUGCAGCACACAAGUCUUUCUCUCUCUGGAAAUUAUGCCACAACUUUGUGCAGAGUAAUUCUUUUAUAAUUAUAUAUUAUCUCAUACAUCAAUAUAUCAUUAUAACUUAUUAAUUUCGGUCUAAGUUUUGUUUUUAGAUCUUCACAAGUGUUGCGCCUCACAUCAUCCACUAGAUGGAGCAGCCUUCAGCUAGUCACAGCCUCAACUUAAAGAUAAAAUAAUCAUUUUUUUGGCAUAUUCUAAUACUUUUACUACCUUGCUGUAACUGUAGCUUAGCAAAAGCUUAGGGUAGUGAGAGCGUUGGAAUAUAAGAGCACACACUCAGUGAAUCACAUCAUGCACAUAAUGCUCUGAUUAACUGGCUUUUGACUUGUAUGGCAUGUCUGGGUUCAGCAUGUAUAUAUGCUAAAUGGACAUGGGUAUGAGAUCCAUUACUCAUUUUGACUGGCGGUUUGGACAUGUUAAAUGCUUCCAGUCAAAUGAUGUAACACAGUUUUUCUUUUGAAACCAUUUGCUCGUCAUGGGGGAUUAUAUGAUGAAAAUAUCAUUUGCAGAAAAAAUGGCCAGGUGUUAACAAUGGAGACCGUUAUGCUUGUGUUAAAAUUGUAGAUUAAAGCAUACAGUGUUUGACUUUGGUUGCCUAAAUGAACAAUCUGUGAUUAGUAAAACUGUUAGUGAUGAUGUAAUAAACUCCCUAACGCAUGCUUUUUAUAUUGAUAUGGUGCCUCCUUUUAUGCUUGUAUUUACAUAAAGCUUUUGGGUUAAAGUGAAACUCUUUUAGUGAUUUUACACUCUUAAAAAGUGCUGGUAUUUCAUAACAUUUUAAUUAGCAUUUAACUGUGAGUAGGCAGCUGAUGCCAUUGUCCUGGCUGUACUUCUCAAGGUUUCCCAUACAUGGGAAACAGUUUAGCUGAAACAGUGCUGAUGAGUGACAGUAACUAAGCCUACAGUCAGCAGCAAUAAGUGAAGCGUGAAACCAGAGAGAGAGAGACUUUACUUCAGUCUCCUCUUUCUCAUUCACCACUGCUGCCUUGAAAUUUUUAUUUCGUUGUUUUUAUUCUGGUUCCUGAGCGACGUC